CCUGAAAACUUGACCUGUUGGGGGCUCUUGAGGACCGCGCUUGAGAGACACUGAUCAAUAUCAACUUUUUGAUGUCUUCUAAUGAACCUCUUCUGUUUGUUUUCCUUUAGGUGGUCCUGGCAUCAGUCCCUGGUCAAGACACCUACAUGGCCAUAAAAAUCGUCAACAAAAAAGAGGACAACAAGGAUACCAUCAAGAGAGAGCUGCGGAUACUCCUGGCGGCCCGAGACUGUCCGUUUCUAUGCCACCUCUACGCCGCACAUCAGUCUUUGGAGCGUGCCUACUUCAUCACAGAAUAUCUGUCUGGCGGCAGUCUGGAGGAUUUGAUCAGGGUGUGCGGCUAUCUGGACAUCGACAACAUAAGGUUCUACGCAGCAGAGAUGGUAUGUGGGCUCCAGUUCCUCCAUGGACAGAACAUCGUCCACAGAGACCUCAAGCCGGAGAACAUCAUGUUGGAUGCAGAAGGCCACAUCCGCAUCAUUGACCUGGGCCUGGCACAAGAUGGAGUCACCGCCUCCAGUAGGAUCGAUGGAGUGACAGGAACAUUCUACUACAUGGCCCCGGAGGUGCUUCUCGGGAAGGAGUAUUGUACAGCAGUUGACUGGUGGAGCCUCGGGAUUGUGUUGUGCAGGAUGGCAACAGGACGCUUCCCAUUUUACAUUGGCCACAGCAAGCAGAAGGUUUUCAGAGCCAUCACCAGAAAGGAGCCGAAAUUUCCACCCGGGCUGGAUGCUGCUAUUGAACAUCUCAUCACUCAACUGCUACGCAAGAAUCCGGACAAGCGCCUGGGGGUGCGAAGAAACAUCCGGACGCAUCCAUUCUUUUCCACCAUUGGCUGGGAGGAGCUGGAGGAGAAGAGAGCAGAGCCACCAUGGAAGCCGUAUAAGACAGUUCUGCGAAAUCACCAUCUGCAGUGGCCAGAGGACACAGAGACCCCCCAUCAUGAGACCGGAUUCAAUUAUACGUCACCAAGCUGGGCCCGGUGGAUGAGAAGAUCUGGACUCUGAGGACCCCGCAGCUACUGCCCAGAACCUCCGGUCUCUUGACCCCAUGCCUCAUGUCUCUGCUGCUGUUACCUUGGCUGCCCUAGAACAUCAUCUCCCGCCUCAACAUUGACUUGGCAUCCUUCAAUCCCGGGCUGGUAUCCAACAUCACUGCAGCCCGAAGAUCCUCUAUGCCCCAGGAGCGGCCUGUGCUUAGAUUCCAUCUGGUGAGUUCAGGAACAAUAGUCGCAUGUUGUGGUCCUGGGAUGCUGAGUGAUGUCUAUUAUCCCUGAACUCACCCAAGCACAGGCCGGGUAAGUACCACACUCACCACAACCCACACACACCACACACACUACACGAUAGGGAUAGGUGCACACACAUAGACACAUACCACAGAUAGGGGACAUAUAUCGGCUCAAUCCAGGGAUUUAUUCUGACCGCCAUAUUUGGGGUCGGGAAGGAAUUUUUUCCCCUGAUUUGAGGACAAUUGGCUCAUUCCUUACAGGGGGUUUUCGCCUUCCCCUGGAUCAACAUAGCCGUAAAUAGGUUUAGCAAAUUAAUAUCAUGAAUUACCCUAUUAGUAACACAACAAAUUCUAAAAAAAUAAUAAUAAAAAAUAAUAAUAAUAAUAAUAAAAAAAUAAUAUAUAUAUAUAUAUAUAUAUAUAUAUAUAUAUUAUAUUAUCUUAAAAUUGUAUUUGUCCCAACCAUAAAAAUUAGACUAGCACACAUGAAUAAUUAAAUAAAAUAAUAAUUUAAAUUAAUUUACCCCCCUACCUAUCACUCAGGUUUGUUACCAGCCUUUGAUCCAGGGAUUUAUUCUGACCGCCAUAUUUGGGGUCGGGAAGGAAUUUCCCCCCCUGAAAAUAAGGACAAUUGGCUCAUUCCUUACAGGGGGUUUUCGCCUUCUCCUGGAUCAACAUAACCGUAAAUAGGUAUAAUAUUUAGUGUAUGUGUGUGUGUAUAUAUAUAUAUAUAUAUAUAUAUAUAUUUUUUUUUUUUUUUUUUUAACAUAAAAAUUCCCUUUUACAAACAAAAGAUAUAUAUUAAAAAUAUAUAUAUUCCUUAAACAUAUACUUUAGACUAGUACACAAUUAUAAUAAAAAAUAAUUUAAAACUAACACUACCACACACAUAGAUUAGGUAUCGGCCUUUGAUCCUGGGAUUUAUUCUGACCGCCAUAUUUGGGGUCGGGAAGGAAUUUUCCCCCCUGGUAAUAAGGACAAUUGGCUCAUUCCUCACAGGGGGUUUUCGCCUUCCUCUGGAUCAACACGGUUCAGUACAACAGACCACAGACUUACACAUACACAUAUAUAUUAGUAUAAAGCAAAUUUGUUCAUCACUGUCCCCCAUCCCUAUAAAUAAACUCUUUCUUUUAC